CGUUUACGGACCAUACCAACCUCGAGUGUUGAGAGGUUCGACUAUUUUACGUGGCUGUCAGUUCUCAAGGUUAGGAUCUUACGGUUGCUGCAACCGUAAGAUACAAAGAAGAGAUUCAGAACCCAACCCAACCGUGAAGAGUCUGACCGUGAGACCCUGACUAACAAUUACCUCCUCCAAUCUCCUUCAUAUUAUCUUCUUCAAUUCGUCGGCACUCUGUUCCAUCGUCGUCCCUUCUCUUCUUCCUUGAUGCUUCUAAUUAAUCUCUUCCUAAACCUCAUUUAAUUCCCCAAUUAAGUACCCGAUUACUAGUAGGCCAGCUCUCUCUUUUCUUUAAGUACUACUUUUCCCAGAUUAAUUUCCUUUUCGUGUUUACUACUCCAGUAUCGUAACUGCCUAGCUAACUGGUCUCGUUACACACAUAGAAAUAUAGGUUGUGAAUUAAUCAAAUAAUAAAAUGUAUAUAUAGUAGUUUCGAUAAUUUGGUUGAGUUGAAGGCGAAAUGAAUUGAUGAUCGAUGUCGAUGCUGCUGCUGCAUCCACACUAAUAAUGAAAUAUAUGUAAAUUAUUCUGUGCAGGGAUUGAAGAGGCAGACCAUGAUAGACUGGCUCAGUUGGCUGGAUUCCAAAAAGCUGUAUUACCUGUUCGCUACCUGGGAGUUCCUCUAAUAGCAGGGAAAUUAACUACAAGUGAUUGUCGUGUCUUAGACAGAGGGCGACGAUGAGGAAGAAAGUUGUUAUGGCUUGGGGGUUAUUGGCAAUACCAAAGAAAGAAAGGGGGUUAGGCAUUCGGUGUCUAAAGACAUGGAAUGUGGCUUGUACUACAAGGCAUAUAUGGGCUUUGCUUGCAAAAGAAGGAUCCUGGUGGGUUGCAUGGAACUACCGGUAUCGAAUUAAGAAUCUUACCUUCUGGGAAUUGGGAAAAAGCAGCACUGCCUCUUGGGUAUGGAAGAGAUUGUUAAAGGUAAGGGAUAAGGUGGAAGGGUUCUUCCGUUGUUGGGGAACACAAGUGUAUUGGAAUGAUAAAAGGAUGCUGUGUUACUCUGUGAAGCAGGUUUGGCAAGAUUUGCAGCCGGUUAGGCCCCAAGUGGCUUGGUAUCAACUGGUUUGGGGAAGAUAUUUGAUUCCAAAACAUAGCUUUUUAUGCUGGGUUAUAACACGUAAUAGAAUAACAACACUUGAUCAAUUGCAGAGCUGGGGGAAGGUAGCGAGUGCAAAUUGUAUGUUUUGCUUGGCUCAUACAGAGGACAGGGACCAUCUAUUCUUUCAUUGUCAAUACACUUCCCAGGUGCUGAAGGGCUGUUUACUAAUGCUUAAUCUAAGUUGCCCUCAGUUAAAUGGUUAUGAUGAUUACUUGCAAUGGGCGGUUAGAACUUUCAAGGGGAAGAAAGCAUUAGCCAUGGUUGGUCGAUUAGUUUGGAACUUAGCUGUGAGUCUGAUUUGGCGGGAACGCUGUGGUAGAUUGUAUGGAAGUUCUGCUAUGCAGUUUGGGGAGUUGAUCAGGACAGUACGCAGGACAAUUGAGCUGGCUAGACAUGGCAAUGCCGCUCUGGACACUGAUUGUCGCGCGAUCUUUAGUCAGUAAAUUUAGUGAUUAGGGUAGAUUUUGGUAUUUAUGUAUGAUGUGUAUAUAUAGAGUAUAGUAGCAGUAGUUUCUUUUAGCUUGCUGCUGUGUGUAAAGAUCCAGAUGUGCAUCCCCUCUUUUAAGGGGGCACAUAGAGCUUAAUAAAAUUUUUGAUAUUGCCCAUAAAAAAAAUAUGUAAAUUAUAUUUGUGGAGCCAUAGAUAUAUAACAAUAAUAAUAAUAAUUGGCACAUGGGCUUAUCUCUUUAUAAAUGUUGCGUGGCCCAUGAGAUUUAUUGUACUCCUUCAUUUACUUUUGGGUACUAUCAACUAUGCUGUUUCUAUCUUGCCCUUCCUAACUAAUUUUGGGUACAAAAUUGGUUCCUCCAUGGAAAAUUGUUUCGUUGAUAGGAGUCUUUUGUGCGAUGAUAUUUUUUUUUUAAUAUUACGAGUUUUCAACUUUUUGCACGAUAUGGUUGGAACAAGUCUAUAUAUUCAGUUGCUCUUAGCUCAUUACCUACCUUGCUCUGACGGAUGUACUUUGUACAAAUGUCAAAUAGUGCUAGACCACUACUUUGUACAUGAUGUUGGUUGAUGAUGCGAGUCAUGCGAUAGCCUCUGUCAUGAGUUCAAUGAAUUUUUUUUUUUUUUGGAGAUCUUGUAUUGUCGUGGAUGGUAUGUCACACAAAAUCCAUCCAAUUCGGUCAUAAUUAAGCUAUAACUAGAUCGACUUUCAUAACCAUCCAAUCCUUCAUACCCUUCUUUGCCCUCAUAGAAUGGAGAACUUCUAACACGUGUUAUUUGUGAUGUGGCGACCUGAUAAACAAACUUAGUUUGUAUUUCAUGGACCAAAGAUCGAUGACACUAACAACUUCAGACUAGCAGCAAGGUGCACUUGGUAUGUAAUUCCCUAAAUAUAAACCACGUUGCAUAGGUUGAUAUAUCUAAAUUGCUCAACAUCUCCGAAAGAAAAUCAGACUAAGGAUCACCAUUUACCAAGAUGUUAUUAAGGGUUCUUCGUAUUCAAGAUAGCUUUCCGGACUUCUUGACAAUAGAAAGUUCAUUCUAUAGUCUACCAUGUCUCGUAAGCUAUUGUUAGCAUGAAAACAGUUCCUCAAAGGUUGGUGUUUGUCGUUUUUUUUUUGGACAGUGAAGGAGCAUCUUUUAUUCCCAUCCGAAACAGAGGUAGCACCAGAACAUUACAAUAGGGGAGCAAGCAAAUUAAAUCAACAAUGACAAUCCAACUUACACCCUCCCUCAAAUUUGUACCCCUUUGUUGUCAAAUAUAGUAUUAGUGUACAACUCCUUGAAAUGUUCACAACGAUAAGGAUGGGAUUAGGUGCUAAUCUUUAUAGGGGUUAGCACUGCGAUAACUAGCAAAAAACGCUACUAAAAAUAACGAAAUCAAUACAACAUCUAAGCUAAAUCACUACUAAUUCAAACUAGUAGUAGUUUUUCCCUUGAUUAGGACGGUGCUAACUAUUGUACAAUUAGCACUGUAACCGCUCCCAACGAUAACGGUGUGAAAUUGAGUAGUCGUUUUCGUUACAUUUAUUGCUAAAUGAGCUUUGCUCACUUAUGAGUAAUAUUUUAGUGGAAAUACUACAUUUAUUUUAGGAGGAAAAAAAAAGAAAGAUAAAAGGAAUAUAAACAUCAAGUAGAAUUAUGUGAAAUUUAUUGGAGGGGGAAAAGACAAAAGAAACAUCACAUUGAAUUGUAGCAGAACAUGUACCAAUACCAUGCACAUUGCCUAAUUUUUGGGCUCAUUGAUAUGUACAAAUUCCUCUCCUCUCUAUCUCUUUAUAAUAUUCUGGAAAAUAUAUGAAAUACGUGAUAAAAUAAAAACAUAAAACAAAAAAUGAAGUGGAAAAGGGAAAUGAAAGUUUAUCAAUCCCAAAGUCUUGUCGAUCACUCAAACAUCUCAUUCUGACAAACUUAGAAACACACAAAAACAAAGGGAAUAAGAUCAA